CUCUCUUACCUGAUCAGAUGAUGCAGGACGGUUCUAAAUCGAAAGUUGAUGAAAUGAAUUUGCCCUAGGCCUAUAUAAAAGCUUUUAUUCGAUGCGAGUAAAAUUUUAAAGCAGAAGACCUGGUAAUCAUGGCCAGCAACAUCAGCAGAGCGCAGGAGAUCAUUCUCUGUCAUCUUUGUGAUGCGAAAGCUAUUGUACUUUUCUGUAAUCCCUGUCAGGUCAACUUAUGCGAGGAAUGCGUAGGGAAACACUAUAUGACGUCAUCGUCUGCCGUACACGAGAUUGUCAAAUACAAAGACAGAAAAUCUCAUCUUAUUUUUACAAACUGCGAGUCUCACAAGAGUGAAAAAUGUACAGUUCAUUGUCAAAUCUGUGAUAUACCAGUUUGUAUAAAAUGUUUGACAGGGGUCCAUAAAGGACAUGAGGCUUCUGAUUUCUCGGAAAUAGUUGAAUCAAAAAAACGCCAGAUCGAAGAAAACACUGCUCACCUUGAAAAUGCAAUUCCUCAGUUUGACCAAGCCGAUGCAAGGAUCGCAACAAAUUUGGCAGAUUUUAUUUCAAGAUGUGAUGAAUUGCAAAUAGGUGUAGACAAAUGUGGAAAAGAAUGGCAUCGCAUCGUUGAUGAAAUCGUCGAUAAAAACCAAAAAGACAUCGCCAAGAUGAAAGAAGAUAGAAUUCGAGAAUUAAGAGGUUACCAAGACGAAAACAAGAACACACAGCAAUUAUUAAUGGAAACUUUUAGGCAGAAUCGAAAGAUUAUUGAGUCUGUUGAUGCAAGUGCGAUCAACGAAUACAAAUAUAAAGAAGGGGAACUGCAUCUAAGAGGACCUUUAGAAGUUAAAGUUAAUCUACCAACCUUUGUUCCCGGGCAGGUAAAUUUAUCCGAACUAUUUGGAAAUUUUGGGAAACUUCACUUGACCAGUAUAUCAACGUCAAUGUCUAAUACUGCAGCAUCCUAUACCGCCCCAACCACAAAGAAACUGUUGGAAGAAAUUAUUCAAAUCGCAGAAUUUAAGACUAAUGACAAUCUAAGGCAUCUGUGUUGUACUGGUACAGAGGAGGUUUGGGUGAGUUACGAUAAGAAGUCGAAGAUCGAAUGUAUGAAUAUACAUGGAUCAGUCAGGAAGUCUUGUAUUUCCAUUUGUAUGGACUGGAGUGGUUACCCAAGUGGCAUUUCUGUAACAAAUAAAGGAGAACUAGUGUAUACAGAUAAAAAGAGUAGAAGUGUUAAUGCUUAUCAAGAUGGAAGACAUUCCUUUUUCAUCAUGGUGGAACAGGGAUGGCAACCCAUGGCGGUGUAUUGUACAAAAUUGGAGGAAUUACUUGUCUCUUUGAAAUUGGUGGAUGAUCGUGCGUGUAAAAUUGUCCGUUACAAAGGACAAACAAUCACUCAGGAAAUGAUCGAGGAUAACCGGAGUGAUCCGUUAUAUAAAGGAGGAAAUAAGAUGCUCUAUGUGACGGAAAACGUCAAUGGUGACGUCGUUGCUUCUGAUUGCAAUGCCAAACGCGUUGUCGUAGUUAAUAGUGCAGGUACACUCCGAUAUCAUUUCAAAGGACAUAAGUCGAUCAAGGGUAAAUUUACUCCUGGUUCCAUUGUCACUGAUUCAAAGGGUCGUAUCUUGGUGGAAGAUGAUGGGAAUAAUUGUAUCCAAAUCAUCGAUCAGGAUGGACAGUAUUUAAGACAUCUGAAUUAUUGUGGCAUCUUGAGUUUAGAUACACUCGGGCGACUGUGGGUGGGAAAGUUUAUUGGAAACAAAGUGAAUGUGAUUAAAUAUACAAAAUAAUAAAA